UACGUACUUGCACCGUUACUCACUAAUCUAUAUAAAACUUCCUUCUUCUUCCCCCAAAUAACAUCAAACUAAAGUACAAAACCCUUUCUCAGUACCAACUUCUUCUGAUUUUCCGAUCAUGGCUACUAAACCACUUACCCCAGCGAUCAUUGCUCUUACCGAGAAGAAGAUGGACAUGACACUAGAUGAUAUAAUCAAGAUGUCUAAAAACCCCAAACCUAUUAAGGGAAUUAGGGUUUCGAAUAAGAGCAGAAAGUUUUCGAACACUAUUGCACAAGAUAAGUCUUUGAAGGCGCAGCGUUAUAUGGAGUCGAGGUCUUCUCUUAGACAAGGAGAACUUGCAAAAAGAAGAUCGAAUUUCCAGGGAAACCAGUUUCCCCUUGCAACCGAAGUUGCAAGAAAAGCUGUUGCUGCUCCUCUGCACUAUGGAGUUAAUAAUCGAAACAAGAUGGCUAACUGGAAUAAACCAAGGUUCCAUGUCCCUGUGAAUCAGAGAAGGGCUGCCAGUGGAGGUUUUGUUGCUAAGCCACUGACUCCCCCUCAGCAGCAACAUCAGCAUCAGCACCAGAAUGACAACAUAAAGCCAAACCAAAGGUCUAAUACAAUGGAUUCACUGUUUGCAAACAUGAAGGAGCAAAGAAUGAAAGCUUUCUCAAGGCAGAACAAUGCUGUGCAGCACAAUGGAGCUGGUAACCGGAGGCCUCAAUGGGGAAGAGGUCGACAUAACAAUUGAUAAUUUCAUGGUGUCAGUUUCAGUAUAGUAGUAUGCUUGGCCUGCUCUGCUGCAUCUCAAAUUCUUGGUUGAUUCUGUGAUUUCCAUUCCUAGCAGGCUAGCUGUAUUUUUGAUGUAUGGAACAUCUUUACCUUCAUUCGAACGUAGUAUACUUUUUAUUCAGUUACCUUUCAUUGUACAGUACACUUAUGUUUGUGAUCUAGCUUAUGCUGCUGCUAUUCCCAGCAGGUAGCAAUAUUGAAUAUGAAUAUGAAUGCUUCUAGGCUUCUUACAAUAAAA